AUGGGGGACAAUGGCAAAAAGGUCGGGCUGCUAGCCUGGAAAGACAUUUUGCCAUGGCAAAAGGACAACGAGUAUAUCUUGACGGGCUACCGGCAAGUGCAAACCAACAUAUGGUCGCACCUCAUCGGCGCUCUCCAGUUUCUUCUAGGCCUCCUUCGCUUCCUGCACUUUCACUUCUCUGCUAUGACCUCGGACCGGCCCCUCAACAUGCCAGACGUUGCUGCCGUCUCUGUCUACUACCUCUGCGUCGUCGUGUGCUUUGCCCUCUCCACCGCCUUCCACACCCUCUCCGACCACAGCGCGCCCUUGCACCGCUUCGGCAACCAGCUCGACCACCUCGGUAUCGUACUCGUCAUGUGGGGGACCGGCGUAUCGGGCACGCACUUUGCCCUGCGCUGCGCGCCUGCAUCACUCCGCAUCCUGUACUUCUCCGCGGUGACGGCCACGGCCGCUGGUUGCGCCGUCUUCACGCUGCAGCCGCGUUUCCGCACGCCGAGCUUCCGCACCGCGCGCUUCCUCAUGUACUGCUUCCUCGGCGCGAGUCUGUUCGCUCCCGUGGUGCACGCCUGGCGCGGCUUCGGCGGUGGCGAAGACGGCCUCGCGGCCGUGAGCGCCGUCAUGGGCCUGCGGUCUUUUCUCGGGCUCGCCCUCGUCAACUUUGCGGGCGCGGCUGUGUAUGCGGCGAGGGUGCCGGAGCGCUGGUUCCCGGGGACGUUUGACCUGCUCGGGCAGAGCCACAACUGGAUGCACGUGCUCGUGUUUACGGGGGCGCUCAUCAGACUCAGUGGGUUGCUUGAAGUGUGCGAUGGGUGGGCGGCUGAGGGCGGGUUGGCUGUCUAUUGCCAGGGUGCGAACUGA